UACCUAUAAAUACACUUAUAGUCCUCCUCUCCUUUCUCACGGUCUCACUCAAACUUGCACCUAGUCUCAAGUUCUUUGCUGAGAAAGAAGAGUGAUAAAACUACUGAGAAACCAAAAGCCAUGGCUACUCCAGCUACUGCUAGUGAUUUCUUUCCGAACUUCCUUAUAGUAGAUCCUCUUAAGGGAAGAAAAAGAGAUAUCGUUAAGUAUUUGGUAACCAAAAACACCAAGAGUGGAAUGAGCUUUUUGGAUAGUUCAGAGGAAGGUAUUAAGGGUGGUGCAGCAAAUGAUCAUAGGUGGAUUUUACUGGUUUCUAUUAUCAUUCGCAGGGUUCUUGCCUUUAUCAAUACUCCAUUGGAGUACCUUGGUUAUGUGGUUGAUUUUUUUCUCAACCUCUUUUCGCAAAAUGGUGGCGUUUGUGGUAUCUUCAGUAACGUUCUUCAUGGUAAGUUGAAGAUACCACGUAGAGGCUCGGAGAAUUUUAUAAGUUUCAUGGGACAAUUGGAUGGCCGAAUAGAUCUAUACAAGACUGCAAUCUUGGCAGAGAAAGUUGAUGAUUCUAUUUCUACAGAUGUCAACAACAUAAAAGCAGACUUGGGCAAUCGAUAUCUAAUGGAUCUUUGUAUUAUGGCUUCGAAACUUGCUUAUGAGAAUGAGAAAGUUAUCAAGAACGUUGUUGAAAGUCACUGGAAGAUGCAUUUCGUUGACUUCUACAACGGCUGGAAUGAAACCCAGAAAGAAUUCAACACCCAAGUGUUCAUAUUCUGUGACAAGCCUAAAGAUGCAAACUUGAUAAUUGUUAGCUUCAGAGGCACAGAAACAUUCAGCGCGCAAGAUUGGAGUACUGACUUUGAUUUCUCAUGGUAUGAGAUUCCCAAAGUUGGAAAAGUCCAUAUUGGAUUUUUAGAAGCAUUGGGUUUGGGUAACAGAGGAGAUGCUUCCACCUUCCAAACUCACCUUCAGAGAAAGCAUACAGGUUUAUUUAAUUUAAAUAGCGAAUCUGAAGGCGAAAUGCUGGAAUUGUCAAAAAAGUGUGCUUACUAUGCUGUGGAAUUAAAGCUCAAGCAAUUAUUAAAAGAGCACAAAAACGCUAAAUUCGUUGUCACUGGACAUAGCUUAGGGGGAGCACUUGCCAUAUUGUUCCCUUCCGUUCUUGUAAUACAGGAAGAGACAGAGAUGCUAAACAGGUUAUUAAAUAUAUACACAUUCGGGCAGCCAAGAAUUGGCGAUGUGCGGUUCGGUAAUUUCAUGGAAGCUCAUUUGAACUAUCCAAAUACUAGAUAUUACAGAGUUGUUUACAGUAACGACCUGAUACCUAGAGUGCCUUUUGACGACAAAAUCUUCGCCUUUAAGCAUUUCGGAACCUGCCUUUACUAUGAUAGCCGGUAUUUCGGCCGAUUUGUGGAUGAGGAGCCAAACCGGAAUUACUUCGGGUUGAAGCAUUUCAUACCUAUGCGAAUCAAUGCACUAUGGGAGCUCUUUAGAAGUUUUGCGAUAAGUCACAUUCAUGGGCCAGAUUAUCAGGAGACUUGGCUCAGCACAUUUUUGAGACUAAUGGGACUUGUGGCUCCUGGUGGUGCUGCUCAUAGUCCUGUUGAUUAUGUUAACUCAGUCAGGCUUGGAAGAGAGCGUGCGGCUCCUAUGGCAACUUUAAAAAGUUUUGCUCGCAAAUGAUAAUAUCGAAUUGCAGUGGUCUUCCCAGCUCUUCAAUCAUUUGAUACUUGGAUUCACUCUUUCAUAAAUGAUCACUAUUCGUCAGAUUCAAUAGAAUUUGAUCGAUCCUCAGUUUUCUAUAUCAUCAAUCAUCAUUAGGUCAAAAGUUUAAUGUAGCACAAUAGUGCAAAUUAGAGUUAUUUAGCAAAGUUAUUUAUGUUAAGAUAUUGGUUGUUGGGUCAGAAUAAUAAAUAUGAAUAUCUCUUUCAAUUUUCAUUAA